AUGGCCACUACAGAGACUACCUAUUGUGUGCAGUGUUAUUCGCGGUCCUCUUCUUCCUUACUACUACAUUCCAUCUCUACCAAAGGAUCUGCACCUACGCAAAAUACUUCAACCCCUUCAUCGUUGGAGGAAUAUGUCAUCAGAUCCACUGACAUUUUGCACAGUCCAGAUAAUUGGCUAUGUCGCUCGGGCAGUUUCUCAUUUUCACCAGACAUCUACCAUACUUUAUGCCAUGCAGACUCUCUUUGUUCUACUAGCUCCAACACUCUAUGUAGCAUCAAUCUACAUGGUCCUUGGAAGAAUUAUCGCACAACUAAACGGCGAGCAUCUGAGCUACAUACCUGUGCGGAUAAUGACGAACAAUAUUCGUUGCCGGUGACAUACUAUCGUUCAUUCUUCAAGCAGCCGGCAAGUGACUCCUACCACUACGAGCCUCUAGUCUGA